UUGGUAUUUCCUCGCUCAGCUCCGCCCAAGGCUCGUCCCUUUCUACUGGGCCAGGUAAUGGCUGCUACAGAAGCCCAGGGGCUCAGUGUGGGCCGGCGGGAAGAUACUGCAGGGGUCCGCGGCGGAACCGAAUACAUGGGUCAUGAAGACGGUAAAGAUUGCAUCCUGGAGCCGCUGUCCCUGCCAGAAAGUCCAGGUGGCCCCACUGCUUUAGAAGGGCCUCCAUCUGUGCCUUGCAUCUUCUGUGAAGAACAUUUUCCCAUGGCUGAACAAGACAAACUUUUGAAGCACAUGAUUAUCGAGCAUAAGAUUGUCAUAGCUGAUGUGAAGCUGGUUGCAGAUUUCCAAAGGUACAUUUUAUAUUGGAGGAAAAGAUUCACUGAACAGCCCAUCACAGAUUUUUGCAGUGUGAUAAGAAUCAACUCCACAGCUCCAUUUGAAGAACAGGACAACUAUUUUUUGUUAUGUGAUGUGUUACCAGAAGAUAGAAUCCUGAGAGAAGAGCUUCAAAAACAGAGGCUGAAAGAAAUUCUGCAUCAGCAACAGCGAGAGCGAAAUGAUACGAGCUUCCGCGGCGUGUGCAUGUUUUGCAGUGAGGAAUUCCUUGGAAACAGAUCUGUUCUGUUGAACCACAUGGCCAGAGAGCAUGCUUUCAAUAUUGGUUUGCCAGACAACAUUGUGAACUGCGCUGAAUUCCUAUGCACUUUACAAAAGAAACUGGACAAUUUACAGUGUUUGUACUGUGAAAAGACCUUCAGAGACAAAAACACACUUAAAGAUCACAUGAGGAAAAAACAGCAUCGUAGGAUCAAUCCAAAGAACAGGGAAUAUGACCGGUUUUAUGUCAUCAAUUACUUGGAAUUCGGGAAGUCAUGGGAAGAGGUGCAGUCGGAAGAUGAUCGAGAGUUGCUGGACCUUCAGGAAGAUGACUGGUCCGAUUGGCAGGAGUACCCUGUCUCUGCUGUCUGUCUAUUUUGUGAAAAGCAAGAGGAGACAGUAGAUAAAUUGUAUGUGCACAUGAAGGACACACAUGAGUUUGAUCUCCUCAGAAUAAAGUCAGAACAUGGAUUGAAUUUCUAUCAGCAAGUGAAGCUGGUCAAUUUCAUUCGAAGGCAAGUUCACCAAUGCAGGUGCUACAGCUGCCAUGUGAAGUUCAAAUCCAAAACAGACUUAAGGACUCACAUGGAAGAAGCUAAACACACCUCACUACUUCCUGACAGAAAGACGUGGGAUCAACUGCAGUAUUAUUUCCCCACCUACGAGAACGACACUCUCCUGUGUACACUGUCCGACAGUGAAAAUGACUUAACAGAUGAAAAGCAAAUGGAAAAUGUUCCCAUCAUCAGUGAAGACACAUCCAAGCUGUGCGCUUUGAAACAGAGCAGUGUUUUAAACCAAUUGCUACUCCAGGAAUCCUUAGAAAACUAGGAGAAACUGCUGCAGACACAAUGUCACAUGGUUUUCUCCUGUGAUGCAGAAAGAAAAGAGGACUUCAGAUUUCAUCAUCAAUACAGCAUUAUUCAUUGGUGAAAUCAUGGUUGUUGUUCUUAAUGAAAUUUUUUUCAAGAAAUGAAGAAAAAUACAAUGUGUCAUUUUUAUAUUUGGACUGGAAAAUUUUAUUAUAUGGUUAUCUUAAAUAAUUUCAUUUCAUAAACUUGUGAUUAUGCACAGUAAGGGGAAUGCAAAAGUCACAAAUGAGCAUUCAAAUGUAUAAACCUGAUUUUAACCACUAGUUUUAGCCUCCUUCCCACAGGCAUCUGUCACCCAUCAAGUCACAAGUUUCAAUGUGAUUUCUAUACUAAAUUGGUAACCUAUGAAUGUAUGAUUAAAAGACUCACAGAGACAAAGAAAGAUGGUCAAAGCUAAGGAUGAUGAACAAAUUAGACUAUUUAAAAAUAAUUCAAACGAUUGUAUUAUAAUGUUACUGUUUUCUGUUUCCAGUCCCAUAGAAAUGGACACAGUGUAAUUAUGCUCACUCUUC